GAAGGCAGUUGCAAUCUUUGAAUUGUUACUGGUGGGUGCAUCGUACUGUGCCUGGCGCUGUAUGAAUAGGUCUCAAAAUUGCAGGUAUCGUAUGCACAAAAAAUUUCCGUUCAUAUUAGAAGCAUAUUAUACGACCUGUGAAAAAUUCUCUGGAGACAAUAAAACAAGAUUGUAUGAUCUGUCUACAUGGGAACAGCUACGAAAUGAACAGUAGAUCUUCAUGGAGUUCGUGAGACAUUCAGUGUUUUUAAUAGGAAACAGGGAUUUUAAAUAUUCUUCCCUAGGGCCUCAUUCUUUUAGUGAACAAAUUGUACAACAGUUCUUGCAUGGAAAAUCUACAAAUAUAGAAGAGCCAGAAAAUCAUUGUUAUGUAUUAAAACACAAUACAUCUGAAUAUAAAUCUAUGUUGGUGGCAAGUAAUCAAUGUUUUAAACCAAACAACACAAGAGGCACAAGUUCUGUUGCAAAAUAACAUUCGGACUGCAACAUGGAUUCUCCUGCUCUCAUAGAAGGAAAUUUACCGGAUCGUAUUAACAGAAGAGAUCGUGAAAGGAAAAACGUCAUUGAAAGGCGGAAAGAGGAACGGCAAUCAUUGGCCGUCGAAUCCGAGCAAAGUAGUUAUUUUAAAGACACGUUUUAUUCGUCAUGCAAGAAGAUCAAAGAAAUGUUAGAUGACGCACCAAGUGCGUCUACGUCGGCUCUUCCUGGACUAUUUGACAAAGUGAACAAGGAAAUUCAAACAUUGAAAAAUUAUUUGUCGCAAUCAAAAAUGUUUUUAAAAGUUUACGAUAUUCGAAGAGCACAAGAGAAUUUACAGUUACUAGAAAACGAAGCCUCCGACCUGGAACUGAAGUUACUACCUAAGAAAAAAUUCGGUUUCAAAAAUCGACGGGUUGUCAAAAAGACCUCCGAUAAGGCGCACGACGUGACGGAUGGUUUAAAGGACUUGAAAAUAUCGGAAGGAAUUGUAAAUGGUUCCUCGAAGCAAAAUCACAAAUUGUCGAGCAAAUACGGCGAUAGUGCAUGUAUGAUACUAGGAAAAGUUGAUGAACAACUAGUCUUGGAUGCUGAGAAUGUGAACAAGAAUGAUAUAUUGCUUUCCGAUCUAGUUCGUUGUACAGUACGAAUCUAUGGCACACCUAGUACUUUGCAUAUGGUAAACUUGAAGCAGUGUACCGUAUUGGUCGGGCCAGUAACAUCGUCUGUAUUCGCCCAUGAUUGUAGUGAAUGUGCAUUCGCUUUUGCGUGUCAACAACUUCGAUUACACUCUUCGACGGAUUGUACUAUUUAUUUACAUGUUACGAGUAGAUCGAUCAUAGAGGAUUGUACAAAUAUACGUGUAGCGCCUUAUAAUUGGUCCUAUGAGGAUCAAGCGAAUCACUUCAAUCUAGCGGGUCUCGAUCCGAAAAUAAACAAUUGGAAUUGCAUCGAUGAUUUUAAUUGGUUGUCUAAUGAAAUGCAUUCGCCGAAUUGGAGUAUUCUUGAGCCUGAAUUACGUAUAAAAUGUUGGGAUUAGUAGACACACAGAAAAUCACUUGAAACUGAAAUAUGAAAUUCUGUUUUUUGAAAACACCAUUUUUUUUUUAAAGUUAGAUACUUAUUUUGUUAUGUAAAUUAUUUAUGUGCAUACUUCGCUUUUUCA